AUGUUUCAUACAUUCGAAGGGUUUGAGAACCCAACGGCAGCAACUCCUGCUCGCAACCGAUCUACCAGCGAAAGACGUGAAUCUAUUAGUCGUCGUGUGACAACCUUGCGCGCUUGUACAUCUUGUCGUCAUCGCAAGAUCAAGUGUGAUGGUGAGAAGCCAUGUGAGGCAUGUCGAUGGUAUAAGAAGUCGGAUCAAUGCCAUUAUUCAGACCCGCGGCCAUCGCGGAGACAUGUAGAAAAACUGUCUACAACUCUGGAAGAAUAUCGAAGUAUCCUGGGAAAGUUAUUCCCAAACUUUUCUCCAGAGUCAUUGACAAAUCUGCCACGAGAGAAACUUCUGGAGCUCACAACCGCUUCGUCGGGUUCUCACAUGCAAGCCCUAUCACAUCAUGCCGAUUCACCAUCUACAUCGGCUUCAUUGGAAGCCCAUGUCUCACCUCUGUCAAAUGAUGAUGAUAACCUCGAGGCUCUGCAAACUAUGCCCGAGGAACUACCGGAUAGCCGUAAUACCAGCUCCUCGGAUCUAGUAGAGGGUGUCUCGGAUGACGUGAAUGGGCUGUCGCUGUCAGCUCGCCAGCCUUCAUCUUACCUGGGUGUAUCAUCUAUCCAAGCUGUGAUCAAGGUCAUUGUCUGGUUGGACCCAGGUUGUGCCUCGUACUUUUCUCGAACUCCCGCAAACGAACAGGAGAACCCGAUAGCAUGGCAACAUCGUGCGCCUGUCACACCCCCACAACCCCUUAUUCCACCCUCAGAGAUGCAAAUGCUCGAUGCAUAUUUCCUCUAUUUCCAAGCCUUCGCUCCCAUGAUCGAUGAGCGCUCCUUCCGCGAGGCUUACUGCGCCGGUCGUCGAAGAGAUGACCAUUGGCUUGCGUUGCUGAACAUCGUUCUUGCGCUUGGUUGCAUUGCCGCUACAGGACCUGAUGAUGUAACACACCAGACAUACUUCUUGCGAUGCAAGGGUCACCUUAGUCUGAGUUCCUUGGGAAGUUCCCAUAUCGAGACUAUCCAGGCGCUGGGCCUGAUGGGCGGCUGGUACUGCCACUAUAUCAGCCAGCCAAAUCUGGCAUACUCCCUUAUGGGUGCUGCGCUGCGUAUGGCGGCUGCCUUGGGACUGCACAAGGAGUUUGCGGAAUCUCGUCAAAUACCGAGUCCGGCGAAGCUAGCCUCCAUGGAUCUUAAGCGUCGCGUCUGGUGGUCUUUGUUUUGCAUGGAUACCUGGGCUUGCAUGACACUGGGCCGACCUAGUAUGGGUCGGAUAGGUUCAACCAUUACAGUGAAACCCCCACUCUGUCGAGACAAGGAAAACGUCCUCGAGAUCCUUCCCUUGGUGGAAAACAUCCGCUUCGCCAAGAUUGCAACCCAAGUCCAAGAGUCCCUCGCUGCAGCACCGCUAGUCAAGCACCAAGAAAUGGCCCACGCAGAUACACAGCUCCUUGAGUGGUGGGACAAUCUCCCCUCCGUCCUGAAAGACCAUGAGCCCUGCUCAGAGUCAAUAAACACUGUCCGCACAGUCAUGCGCUGGCGCUACUACAACCAACGGAUCCUCCUAUAUCGACCAACACUGCUCAGCUAUGCCAUGCGACGCGUGCCUUAUAUCGCACUGCGAUCCGAGGAGCGCACCGCGAUUGAGAAAUGUCGCGCAGUCGCAGAGGAAUCUAUUCGGAAUAUCGCUGCUACGGCACAGCUUAACCAGCUGUGCGGGUGGAAUGCUGUCUGGUGGACUUUCCAGGCUUCUCUUGUUCCCUUGGUGGGGUUGUUCCUUAACGAUCCAACGGUGGAUGACCCCCGAGCUUCCAUUGAGUCCUGUCAGGCGCAGGUGGAAAUGGCCAUGAUGACUUUGGCCCGUAUGCAGUCCUUCGGCCAUACGGCAAAGCGGUCGCUGGAUGCUAUCUCGCGUAUCUAUGAGGCUAGCAAGCGGGGGCAGGACCUCGAUCCUGAUUCUUCCACUAGUAUUCUGAGUGGCUCUUAUCCCGCUGGUCGGGAUAUGUCACUCAUGUUCCCGGCACCUGGCGCGGGUCGUGGCAACAUGGCCAUAGGCGAGAAUGGGUUCCUUGACCCCCUCGCCACUACCCCGUUCACGGAUGAUUCAGGAGGCCAGUAUCUCUGGGAAUAUCUGAGCUGGAGUGACAAUAAUUUGUGGCCAGGGGUUGCCGCUGAUAUUGAUGGGAGGAACGAUGCGAUGACUCUGUUGACCCCCGAUCAUGAGAAAGGCCCAAAAUACGGAGAACAACCUGCGUAUUUUGAUCCCAUGCCGGAUUCUGGGUAUUUUGCAAAUGGCGGGCUUUAUUACUGA